AUGACUAAUGAUGCAUCUGUAGAAGUUGUUUGGUCCACCAAUCGGAACAAUCCUGUAAAGAUCAACGCAACAUUAGAGCUUACGUCCAAAGGCAAUUUGGUGUUGAAAGAUGCUGGCGGUACUAUUGCUUGGUCCACUAACACUUCUGGCAAGUCUGUUGUAGGCUUGAAUUUGACAGAUUUGGGGAAUCUCGUGUUGUUUGAUAAGAAUAAUGUGACUGUUUGGCAGUCUUUUGAUCAUCCAACCGACACACUUGUCUUAGGACAAAAGUUGAUGGCGGGCCAAAGAUUGAUACCGAGUGUUUCUGAGACAAAUUGGGCCAUAGACGGUACGCUUAUGCUUUACAUGAAUGGCCGUGGAUUAUUUGCUCAAAUCGAGACUAGUCCUCCUCAGAUCUAUUACCAAUCUCUUAUUGAUAAUCCAAAUGCAAAUACUGAGUCUCCAUAUGUUGAGUUUAUAAAUGGAAGCUUGGCUUUCUUCUCAAACUCUAUUCAUAAUUUGAGUUUGAUUUCAGUCCCUCAUGCAUCUUUUGUACAAUACAUGAAAUUGGGCUCGGAUGGGCAUUUGAGAGUGUAUGAGUUAUCAUAUAGGCCUAAUUGGAGUUCACCUGAGGAUAUGUGUGCAGUGUGGGCAGAAGUGGCCGAUCUUUUGACUAUGUCUCUUGCGGGGGACUGUGGUUAUCCAAAAUUUUGUUUGUUCGGAAGAGAGAUCUCAAUGAAGCAGAGGAGGAAUAUCUUACUCAAGUACGGAAUGCUCACAAGAUUCCGUUUCGGUGAUUUGAAAGCCAUGACAAAUGAUUUCAGUAAAAAGCUUGGCGAAUGUGGUUUUGGUUCUGUUUUCGAAGGUACUCUAAUUGAUGGAACAAAAGUUGCAGUAAAGCGGCUUGGUGGUUUUGGGCAGGUCAAGAAAUCCUUUCUUGCCGAAGUUGAGACUAUUGGUGGUAUCCAUCAUGUGAACUUGGUAAGACUCAUGGGAUAUUGUGCUGAGAAAUCCCAAAGGCUCCUUAUCUAUGAGUACAUGUCUAAUGGGGCUCUAGAUAGAUGGAUCUUUCCCAAAUCCAAUGAAUGUGUUCUCGGCAACGAAGGAAGAAUCAUUCUCGAUAUAGCGAAAGGACUAGAUUAUCUUCAUGAAGAUUGCAGACAAAAGAUUGUACACCUAGACAUUAAGCCCCAAAAUAUUCUCUUGGAUGGGAAUUUCAAUGCUAAGGUUGCCGAUUUUGGAUUGUCCAAGUUGAUUGAGAGAGGACGAAAACCAAGUUGUCAUAAGCAUGAGAGGAACUCUGGUUAUUUGGCCCCCGAGUGGCUGAAUGUUGCAAUUACCGAAAAGGUUGAUGUGUACAGCUUUGGCGUGGUCAUCUUGGAGAUAGUUUGUGGAAGAAAAAACUUCGAUCGGUCUCUAGAUGAAGAAGACAUGUAUUUACUAAGUCUUCUUAAGAGAAAGGCAGAAGAGAAACGGUUGUUGGACAUUGUGGAUAAGUCUAGCGAGGAUAUGCGAUUAAAUGGGCCACAUGCGGUAAAUAUGAUGAGGAUUGCUGCAUGGUGCUUGCAAGGAGAUUAUACAAUGAGGCCUUCCAUGUCAAUGAUCAUCAAGGUGUUAGAGGGUGUUAUGAAAGUUCCAGACAACUUGAAUUACAACUUCUCUGCUCAGCUGUCCACUAAAGGAGCAGCAAAACUCAGUCAAGAAAUCAGUGCCACCACUGCAUUAUCACCCUUCGUUUUAACUGGUGCAUGA